GGACAGCUAGUGCAGAAACACAGCUAUGUCAGUGCCCUCAUAAUCAUGAUGGUGUGGAGCAUCACUUACAACAACUGGCUGACUUUUGCCCUACUGGUGUGGUCUUGUAUAAUCUGGAUGAUGCGAGAUCGACGUCGAUAUGCCAUGAUGUCUGCCCCAUUCUUGGCUAUCUAUGGCACUGUCCUGCUGGUGCUCGGCUACCUGAGUGGGCUCCGUCUAAGCCGGGCUGAGUUGUAUCCUGGUCUUUCCACAGCUGUGAUAGCAGACUUCGACCUGAACAGCUAUCACCCUGCACCUUGUGUUCAUCUGGGAGCCAAGGUCCUCUAUACCUUCACUUUCUGGUUGAUGUUUCGUCAGCAGCUGAAAGAGAGACAGGAGGAGCAGAAUUCAAAAGAAGAAUCACUGGAUGAAGUCGAAGUUGAGUCGAAGAAAGAACGCGAGCCAUCACCCAUUGUGGCAAUGUUGAUCUCAGGAGUAAAAGGGAUGCUGGUGAAAUACUGGAUCCUUUUCUGCUGCUCCAUGUUCUUUGUUGUCAGCUUCUCUGGGAAGGUGGUUGUCUACAAGAUCCUCUACAUUGUCCUUUUUCUCUACUGUGUUGUCCUUUACCAGACCCGUUAUGAUGUGUGGCGUCGCCUCCUGAAGACAUUCUGGGCAGUGGUGGUUGGUUACUCCAUGGUGGUAUUAAUAGCCAUCUAUAUGUAUCAGUUCAGAAGUGUGUCUGGUCUGUUCAGACAGAUCAUGGGCAUGUCGGAGGAAGGUCUACGUGACCUGGGAUUAGAGCGGUAUGACACAGUGGAGCUGUUUGCACGUAUCCUGCUUCCAGCUGCUUUUCUCUUGGCUUGCAUCCUCCAGCUGCACUACUUCAACUCUGAUUUCUUAAAUCUCACUGACCUUGAUAAUGUGCCCAUCAGACAGGCUUCCAGGGAGGAAGAGCUCAGGAGUUCAGUUGAUGCGAUAACUAAGACGAUCAAAGAAAAUCUUGAAAAAUUUCAGAAAAGGCUUGUGAAGGAGCAGAUGGGAAAUGGGAAAAGCCAGGAGACUCUGGACAGCAUUGUUCUCCAAACCUCUCAAGACAAAGCAACCGAGACACAGAGCAUGACAGGAGAGGAACCUGUCUGCAGCAGUCGUGAGGACAAAUGGUUUGCCAUUGUGGACAGGGCAAGCCUACUACUUAUUUACACUCUUUCAGGACUCAGUAGGCUCCAGGAGCAGAGCUGGAGACUUCUGGAGCUUCACAGCCUAAAAAUAGUUUCUUCUGGCAUCAUUUGGGUGUCCCUGCAAGAGGUAUCCUUGAUGAACUUACUCUUCCUGGUUCUGUGGGUUUUUGCACUCCCAUUUCCACGAUUAAGACCUCUGGCAUCCAGCAUCUCUGCUGUGUGGGCUUGCAUCAUGGUGGUGUGCAAGAUGUUUUACCAGCUUAAAGUCAUCAAACCUCAGGAUUAUUCCUCCAACUGCACAGCAGGCCUGGAACCAUCCAAUAGCUCUGGGUUGAAUGAUGGAACUGAAUUGAGUGGGAACAUGAUUGAACUCUUCAGUAGAUCAAUUCUCUAUAUCGAGCCUGUGGACCCUGUCUACUGGUGUGGAGCAGUUCGUAAAUGUGAGGGCAGGAUCCUCCCAUGUCUCAGGAACCACCUCAUGGUGUUGGGGCUUCUGGUUUUUGAAGCAACUGUGCAGCGGCACCAGCUCUACUUUCGUCUCCACAAUGACCUCAAACCCCCACCCUUCAGCAUAAUCUUCCAGGGUAUCACAAGGCAGCACCUGGACCAUGGCAUUCUGCCCUGUAUCAAAUACUUUAUCAACUACUGUUUCUACAAGUUUGGACUGGAGAUCAGUUUAAUUGUGGCGGUGAACGUGAUUGGUCAGAGGAUGGAUUUCUAUGCUCUGCUCCAUUCCUGUGCAUUAAUGGCUGUGCUGUCCAGGCGGCGCAGAAAGGCUAUUGGGGAGGUAUGGCCUAAAUACUGCUGCUUCACUGCAGGACUCAUGGUGCUGCAGUACCUUCUCUGCAUUGGAAUCCCUCCUGCUCUCUGUGUUGAUUACCCCUGGAGAACUGCAGCUCAACCUUUGACCUCCAAUACCAUCAAGUGGUUUUACCUCCCAGACUUUGCCAUGAGACCUGAUCCUUUGUUCAUAUUCUAUGACCACCUCCUGUUGCUAUGCGCUUCUCUGCAAUGGCAGAUGUUUGAGGAGGAGAACCGAGCGGCUGUGCGUCUGCUGGCAGGAGACAAUGUUGAGAUCAGCCGUAGUCUGGAUCCUUGUUCCUUCAACCAAUACAUACCUGUUGAGAACUUUCUUCACUGCAGGUGCUACCUUGACAUGGUGAAGGUAUUUGUGUUCAGCUAUUUCUUUUGGCUGGUGCUAUGCCUCAUCUUCAUCACAGGCACUACACGCAUCAACAUAUUCUGUCUGGGAUACCUGGUGGCUUGUUUCUACUUCAUGUUGUUUGGAGGCAGUGUCUUAAUGCAGCCAGUCAAAUACAUUUUGAGACUUUGGGACUGGCUCAUUGGGUACACUUGCUUUGUGAUCACCAUGAAGAACCUGCUGUCUCUCGGGUCUUGUGCUUAUCUGGGCAGCCUGCUGAAGAAUGGCUGCUGGCUAAUUCAGGCCUUCAGCAUGUUCUGCACCAUCAAAGGCUACGAUGUCCCGGAGCCUGACGAUAAGUGUGAGCUACCUGCGGGAGAGGCUGGCAUUGUCUGGGAUGCAAUCUGCUUCGCUGUCCUCCUGGCACAGAGGAGGGUCUUCCUUAGCUACUAUUUCCUCUAUGUAGUGGCUGACCUCAAGUCUUCUAAGAUAUUGGCCUCAAGGGGUGCUGAACUGUUUGAAGCCAAAGUGAAAAAGAUGGUAGCAGCAAGACUGGAGAUGGAAGAGAAAUCUGUGGAGACUCUAAAGAAACAGAUGGAGAAGAUCAAAUCUAAGCAGAAGGGCCGGCCUGCAGCACAAAAAACAGUUGCUUCUAUUGAUCAGGAGCAGGUGGCGCUGGAUGAUGAUGCAAAAUCAAAAAAUGAUGCUGGAAAAUGGUGGAAGCCUUGGGUGUCUAAGCCAGGAGUGGAAAACAACUGCGGCUACCACCUCUUUGAAAGUGACAGUGAGGAAGAGGAGGAGGAACCACCAGAGAAGAGAGAAGAAAAGGAACCACAAAAGAAGAAAUCUGCUUUCCAGUUGGCCUAUGAAGCCUGGGUGACCAGCUCUAAGAGUGCUCUAAAGGACCUGAAGAAGGAGAGGAAAAAAAUGAAAAAAGAAGAGAAGAAGAGAAUAAAGAGAGAGCUCCAGAAACAGCAAGGCAUUGAAAGAAGAGAGUCAAGUGAGGAUGAACUUGAUGAAAGCACUGUUGAGGAAGAGGUAGUCGAAGAAAAAGAAAAUAUUCUGCAGCGUGUUAUUAACACCUUGAAGUUUACCUGGGCGUUGGUUCAGUCCCUUCUUGAUGACCUGACAGAGGGUCUAAACUCACUGUGUAAAGACAACCUUGACAUUUCCAAGGUGCUUCGAUUUGAGCGAGCAUUACUCAGUAAGCAGCAAAAGAAGGGAAAAGAGGUGACCCAGGAGAGCGUGAAGCAGUUCUAUGAAAACUGGAUAUCCCGUCAAAACACAUUUUCAUCUCAAGAUGACCUAGACGACUCACUGCCUCAUCUCUCUUCCCCACCUGCCGUUGCCUCCUCAGACCACGCCUACUCAAAGCUAAAGAACCAAAGCUCAAAACUGUCAUGGGGCAGCAGUGUUUCCAGUUGUUUGACAGAUGAGACAAACCUUAUUUCCCGGCAGCCAACCCAGGAGGAGCUGGAUGAGCCCCCAGCUGUGCCACCUGCUGCUGACCAGCUUAGACGGAGGCUCUUGAGAACAGCCAAUAUUGACCUGACCUGUGUUGAACCUGAUGAAAUUUAUCAGAGCUGUGAAUAUAGUGCUCCUUCAAGAGACCAACGAAAAGAGGAUGAUGAGGGAGGAGCAGAGUAUGAGAUGGAAUAUAAGCAAGAAGAAAAUGAGGCAGAGGAAGGGAAUAAACUGAGGGAAAAUUUUGAGAUGGAUGGAGAAGAUAUGAACAAGCAGACACAGCAGAGAGAGGAAGAUGAAUGUGUUGAUUACCCAGAAUGCAUGUCACAGGGAUUCACAGAAAAGGAUGGAGACAAAAGCCUGGACCUCACAGAACCUCUAAAACCAUUAAGUCAGGAAACAAGGAACCUCACAGCUAGUGAACUGCUGUUAAACAACAUGUUUGAAAAUGAUGAAAUCUCCGAGUCUGAUAAGUUUUUUGUCAAAUUGCCGAGGCCACUGAAGAUGCUGUUUGCCCUCUAUAACACCAUGGUGUCCAAGUCAGAGAUGCUCUGCUACUUUGUCAUUAUCCUGAACCACAUUGUGUCAGCUUCACUCCUUUCCCUCAUUCUGCCCAUCCUCAUCUUCCUCUGGGCCAUGCUGUCUGUGCCCCGGCCAACUAAACGUUUCUGGAUGACUGCCAUUAUCUAUACAGAGUUGACUGUUGUGGUAAAGUAUUUUUUCCAGUUUGGUUUCUUCCCCUGGACCACCUCCGCCUAUCGAGGUAUUAAUGCUGACAGACCCUUUGCACUACCCAAUAUCAUUGGGGUGGAGAAGAAAAAUGGCUAUGUCCUCUUUGACCUCAUUCAGCUGCUAGCUCUUUUUUUUCAUCGCUCAAUUCUCAAGUGCCAUGGGCUGUGGGACAACAAAGAGGUUGAGAUGCCUGACUUCUUCAAGAAGAUGAAAAAGAAAGUGGACAAGAAAAGGAUGUCAGGAGGUGAUAAGAUGAGCAACAAAGAUAAAAACCACCGCAGACUCAAGUUCCUUCCACCACAGGCCUCCUCAACCUCCAUAUUCUGUAGGGGGGGGAGACGCAACACAGCAGAAUCAAAUGAGGUGAAGCCCAAAAAACAGCAGAGCAAGAAGAAAAGACGACAACGAAACAAGGCUCCACUGACCAGAAAGCAGAGGAUCAGACAACAUAUCAGAGAAAGGAUGCUACAGGCAAAGGCUGCCAUCAUAGAAGUAGCACUUCAUAUUUACUUACCCAUAAGGCAGUUUUUCUACGACAUCAUCCACCCAGACUACAGUCCUGUGUGUGAUGUCUACGCCCUCAUGUUUCUUAUUGAUGUUGUCAACUUCAUUGUCACCAUAUAUGGAUACUGGGCUUUUGGGAAAUACUCUGCAGUUGCUGACAUUACAGAGUCUCUGUCAGAGGACCAGGUUCCAGAGGCAUUUCUGGUCAUGUUGCUCAUGCAGUUUGGCACCAUGAUAGUGGAUCGGGCUCUCUACCUGAAGAAGUCAUUGCUGGGAAAGUGUGUUUUCCAGGUGGUGUUGGUAUUUGGCAUACACUUCUGGAUGUUCUUCAUCCUCCCCGGAGUAACGGAAAGGAGGUUCAACAGGAACCCUGUUGCUCAGCUCUGGUACUUUGUAAAGUGUGUAUAUUUUGGCCUUUCCGCCUAUCAGAUAAAAUGUGGCUACCCAAACCGCAUCCUGGGCAAUUUUCUCACUAAAAACUACAACUACUUGAACCUCUUUCUCUUCCAAGGGUUUCGGAUGGUUCCCUUUCUGACAGAGUUGAGGGCAGUGAUGGAUUGGGUUUGGACUGACACCACUCUAUCUCUUUCCAGCUGGAUAUGUGUUGAAGAUAUUUACGCAAACAUAUUUAUCCUUAAGUGUUGGAGGGAGUCUGAGAAAAAAUUCCCCCAUCCUCCAGGGCAGAAGAAGAAGAAGGUGGUUAAAUAUGGGAUGGGAGGAUUCAUCAUCUUUGCCCUGAUCAGCAUCAUCUGGUUUCCUCUUCUUUUCAUGUCACUGGUACAGUCAGCAGCUGGAGUAACCAAUCAGCCAGUAGACGUCUCUAUUCAGCUCAGCAUCUCAGGAUAUGAGCCUCUUUUCACAAUGAGUGCUCAGGAGCAGAACUUAGUUCCUUAUACAGAGAAAGAUUUCAACGAACUCACCAACAAGUAUGCAACCCAUAAGUCUGCUAUGCAGUUCAUAAUGAACUAUGUGGCAGAUGACAUUGUUGCUGCAAAGAUCAAGAGUGAUGCCAGUUUGCUGUGGAGCAUCAGCCCAGCCAGUCGAAAGGCCAUGAUACAGGAGCUCCAAAACUCCUCUCAUAUAUACAUUACCUUGGGCUGGACCCUGCUUAGAAAUGCAUCCAUAUCCGUGAAUGCAGAGACUGUGGGAGAGCACACUGUGAAGUUUGAGGACCAGGUAUUGAAGGAGGGAAUAAUCCAAAUGCUUAAAGGCAACAGCAGCAAUCCUGUGAUUAUUAACUCUCUGCUGCCAAAAUAUAUCAGGGGACCCAAAGGAGCAGUGUCUAAAAUGGCAACCAGGAUGACUGUAGAGUUUUCUGAACAUCCUACAGUCCAAUCACUGGCAUUCUUCAGGCCCAUGUCAGUCAAACUUCAACAGGUCAGUGGGGCCUCAGAGAAAGAGGCAGACCAGUGGUGGGUUGUGGAGGAGUGCUCCCCAGUUCUUGCUUUCGACCACAAAUGUGGCAGUAUCGAAAUAAUCAUAUUCAGUGAUAAAGUCAGUCCAUCAAGUUUGGGCUUUCUGGCUGGACAUGGAAUUGUAGGUUUGUACAUGUCGGUCGUGUUGGUCAUUGGAAAGUUUGUCAGGGAGUUCUUCAAUGGGAUCUCCAGGUCCAUCAUGUUUGAGGAGCUGCCAUGUGUGGACCGAGUCUUGAAGCUCUGCACAGACAUUUUUGUUGUUCGAGAAACAGGGGAGAUGGAGCUUGAGGAGACACUGUUUGAGAAACUCAUCUUCCUGUACCGAUCCCCAGAGACCAUGAUAAAGAUGACCAGAGAGAAGAAAGAUGUUUAAGGGUUGAUGAAAUAUCCUCCACACCUGAGUAAAGCACAUGGAAUUCUCUUCAAUUAAAUGGGUUAGAGGAGACAGAAGUUCUUAUUAAAUUAGAUGUUUUAUUCAUGUAUUUAUUUUGCAUCAUAAAAGGAGUUGAAAAUAAGUAAGUGGCAGGAGAAAAAAA